AUGCGAACUAAGAAACAGCCAGAGGUUCGCAUAAUCGUUCUAGAGGAUGGCGAAGAUCUGGAUACCGUAAUCCGUCGUCUCGAAAAAGGAAACUUUGUGCGCUUCCACAGAGGCGCUUCCCUUUUGGGAAAAGAUGUUUGUGUUUGGACGACACUGACAGGACCACAGCCGCUGGCAUGGACCUCUAGCGCAGAUCAUCUGGCUACGUACUGCCAACUGGAAUGCACGAAAGCCGGCUCGUUUAAGUAUCAUUUCAACAUAUUUUCACUUAGGAACUCUGGAAGUGGCUAUUUUCUCGUGAUGCCAGUUUUAAUGGUUAAUGGUAAACGCCUUCCGUUGGAUGGCAUCGCUUGUCAAACUCAUCUUACAAAGCUAUUGGGUCCACUGUCGUCGUGGGAGGAUCGACUUAGGGUAUCGAAGGAGAGUGGCUAUAAUAUGAUCCAUCUAACACCAAUACAUCAUUUGGGCGUUUCAAAUAGUAGCUAUUCUAUUAGCGACCAUCACGCUUUAAUUCAAACCGUCCACGAGCAAGAUCGUAAGGUCGACUUUGUUGACAUUGAACAUCUUGUAAAUAAAAUCGAGAAAGACUGGAAUAUGUUGACCGUGCAAGACGUGGUCUGGAAUCAUGCCGCAAAAAAUGCCCCUUGGUUACAGGAACAUCCAGAAUGCGGGUACAACUGCUUGAACAGCCCUCACUUGCGGCCUGCUUUUGUUCUUGAUAGGGUGUACCACCAUUUCGGAGUUGAGGUCAGCAGGAACAAGUGGGCAUCGCGUGGCGUUCCAGAGGUUGUUAACUCUGUGCAUCACACCAAUACAAUUGAAUACAUUCUUCGCACGGAAGUUUUGCCAAAAGUACGCCUUCAUGAAUUUUUUCAAGUAAACAUCGAAGAAAACGUCGGGAAGUUCGAGGAUUUGGCAAGAACAUCAUCCGAGCCUCUGGAUGAGUUCUUACCAGUUGAACAGGAUCCGGAAUGGAAACGUUUCGGUUGCUCGGUUGAUUGGACAAAAGCCAUGAGGAUAUUCAAUAGAAACAGGUAUGAUGCAGAAUCUGAAGAAGACCGUGUAUCGAAAUGCACAGCUGCAUUCAGGGAACAUUUGAUCUUCUUGAAUAAUGAAGCUGGAAAGGAAUCCUGGUACAUUCUUAUGGCUGGACUUCGAGCCGUUAUGGGGCACAUCACCUAUCAACGGACUGCUGAUGGAGGACCGAAGCUGGGCGCUGUUACGGAGCGACAUCCACUAACUACAGAUUAUUUUUCCUUCCAUGGUGACUCGAUAUCAUGGGAAGAGGACGAAAAACUGGCGUACAAUCCGGACACCUCUCGGUUUCUUCAUGCUUUCAACGGCUGGGUGAUCAGCGCGGAUCCGUUGAAAAACUUCGCUCUACCUGAUUCACAGGUGUACCUUCGACGUGAAUUAGUUUGCUGGGGAGAUUCUAUAAAGCUGAACUAUGGCGAAAAACCGGAGGAUUCACCAUUUCUAUGGGAGUAUAUGAAGAGUUACACGCAGAAGUGUGCCCAAAUGUUCCAUGGUCUUCGGAUUGACAACGCCCACGGUACUCCUAUUCAUGUUGCUGAGUAUCUUCUACACGCUGCUCGUGAGAUUCGGCCUGAUGUAUACGUGUUCGCCGAGUUGUUCACGGGAAGUGAAGAAAAAGACAACCUUUUCGUCAAUAGGCUUGGCAUUUCUUCUUUGGUCAGAGAGGCCCAAGCUGCUCACGAUAGCCAUGAACAGGGAAGACUCGUUUACAGAUAUGGAGGUGAUGUCGUAGGAGCAAUGAUUCAGAAGCCAAUCCGACCUGCGCCUGCUUGUGUAGCUCACGCCCUUUUUCUUGAUCAGAGUCACGACAAUCCAACACCUAUUGAGACUCGUUCCGUAUUCGAUCUGCUGCCAACAGCUGCGAUGGUGUCCAUGGCAUCGUGUGCACUAGGCUCAACAAGAGGAUAUGACGAACUUGUCAGCCAUAUAAACGUUGUGUCAGAAAAACGGCUUUAUGCGAAAUGGGGAAGCGAAACGAACAGUAAAAGCGGAAUCGUUGAAGCACGGAGAAUCCUGAAUGAUUUGCAUGUUGCACUGGCCAAAGCGAAUUACACACAGGUGUUCGUUGAUCAAAUGAACCCCGACAUUGUUGGUGUAACAAGACAUAACCCUGUCACCCACGACACUGUUGUUGUUGUUUCUCAUACUGCUUUCGACAAAAAUCAGAUCCAUAGAGAUCGAAUGUCUCUAAAGCGAAUUCCAAUUGGAGGUGAGCUCCUGAAUAAGAUACUCUUCGAGAUGCGCUUCGAUCAAGAGUCUUCGGAACCCAUUCCAGAAAACAACGACUUACUUUUGGGCCUAUCGAAUUAUACAGUGCAUAUUAGACAACAUAUAGCUCCGGAUAAAUCCAGCAUGUGUGUUGUGCAUGGAAACGAAAAUGGUGCCAUAGAGAUUACUGAUUUUCCAAAUCUCUACAAAACGUAUUUUUGUUCUCAUAUUCGUCUUCUAACAUAUUACAAUCGGCUAUUGUUCAUAUGUGAUACCGAAGGAAGUACAGAGAUGGGCCAAGGAUCAUACGAGAUCCCCUGUCACGGAAAGCUCGUUUACUGCGGCCUGCAAGGUUUAAUUCCGUUGCUGAAUUUGAUUCGAACCAAUAACGACCUCGGUCACCCUCUGUGUGCUAAUCUUCGUGACGGGACAUGGUUGUGUAAAUACAUAUUUUCACGUACGGCGAAGUAUCGUGGGCUGCAAUUUUUGUCAUCAUUCUUCCACGCCAUUCUCGCGCCUCUAGAUGAUGUUCCAUACUACUUGCGUCCGUGUUACUUUGAAGUUAUCAUCACAUAUAUUCACAAACAGUGCAGGUCUAACUGUCUUAUGUUCAGAACAAUAUCUUCUUCCUCUGCUUUGGUCCGUGCACUCGCUCUUUCGUCUGUAUCAUUCGUGGGUCACAUUUCGUGUGCCGCUUUGGCACCUUUGCCUGAAUCGAUUAAACUAGAGGACGAUCAUCCAUCAUCUUUAGCGGCUGGUCUUCCGCACUUCACCGUAGGAAUCUGGCGGAACUGGGGCCGCGACACGUUCAUCGCUCUUCCCGGUUGUCUGUUAUCUACAGGCAGGUUUUAUGAUGCUAGAAACAUAAUUAUUUCGUAUGCCGGAUCCCUGCGUCAUGGACUCAUCCCGAAUCUCUUAGCUGAAGGAAAAGGAGCCCGAUAUAACUGCCGUGAUGCUGUGUGGUUCUGGCUCUAUUCCAUUCAGCGCUAUGUAAAGUACGCUCCUAAAGGCCAGGAGAUUUUAAAAUGUCCUGUAAGACGAAUCUACCCCAAAGAUGAAACAAUUUUUGGAGAAGAAGAGAGGGUAGAGCCGUUGAUUGAUGUGAUGUGCGAAGCACUGGAACGUCAUUUCUGUGGAAUAGAUUUCCGCGAACGUAACGCCGGACCUCAAAUCGAUGAGCACAUGAGGGACGAAGGCUUCAAUGUGAAAGCAUUCGUAGACCGUGAUACUGGCUUCAUCCAUGGCGGUAAUCGAUGGAACUGUGGAACGUGGAUGGAUAAAAUGGGAAGCAGCGACAAGGCUGGGAAUCGUGGGGAACCGGCAACACCUCGCGAUGGAGCUGCAGUGGAAAUUCAAGGUCUGGCGUAUAGUGUAUUGAGUGUUAUGAGUGACUGGGCAAGUUCUGGAGUCAUUGAGAGGAGCGGAGUAACUCGAGAUGGCGAAUCAUGGACAUGGUCUCAGUGGGCGACGCGGAUUAAAGAGAAUUUUGAAAAGCACUUCUUUGUGGAUAGCAAUGAACAUGGAGAAUUCAUCAACCGGAGGAACAUUGUGAAAGAUACUGUGGGCUCGUCUGUUGGCUUCUCAGAUUUCCAACUCAGAUGUAACUUCACUAUUGCACUUGCUACGGCUCCAACCUUGCUCGAUCCGCAUAAAGCGUGGAUGGCUCUCGACAUGGCAAAAAAGCAUCUCCUCGGUCCGAUUGGCAUCAAGACUCUUGACCCAAGUGAUUGGGCUUACAAUGGUUAUUACAACAAUGACGAUGACGGCUUCGAGAAGAAAACAGCCAAGGGAUUCAAUUACCACCAGGGGCCGGAAUGGGUAUGGGUUGUCGGCUUCUAUUUGCGUGCUCGUCUUGCUGUUGGAAGCAUAUUGGGCGGAUCGCACCUGGAAUCGGCUAUGAAAGAAGUUCAGUCGAGAUUAGGCAACUAUUAUAGACAUAUAACGAGUUCUCCAUGGAGUUCAUUGCCGGAGCUCACGAACAGUAACGGCUCGCACUGCAACGGAAGCUGCCCUGCCCAAGCAUGGUCAGUCGGUUGCAUUCUAGAGGCGUGCCUCGACUUUCACCGGCUCAAUACAUCGGUAGGCCACCAUGAGUCAUUGUAA